AUGGUGCCUGAGAUCAUGGAUGGUCACAACAUUGUUGACUUCGUGGAUCCGGAUAUCGACCGGAAGCUCCAGGAACUCGAGCGGGAAGAGGCCCUCCUCAUGGCUGAGUCGAGCCUGGUCAACGAUGACCAGGUCAUCGGCGAGUACCAGAAAGUCCAAACUGUUCUGGACGAAGUCCACAGCAGGAUGCGACAGAAGCGGCUCGAGAGGAAGCUGAACAAGUCCAAGAAUGGGCUGCCGACUAUGAGGAAGGGCCGCAAGAGUGCUGAGGAGGUGGAAGAGAAGCUCACAGACCUCGGCUUAGAUGCCUCCAAGGUGCGUGGGCGUUCUGCCUCACGAACACGUGCGGCAUCCUUGUUGCGCAAGCGAAAGCGAACAGCUUCAGCUGGUGGUGACGAGGAGGGCGAACGCACGGCUUCAGCUCGUGCGCGCAGCAGGAGCAGACUGGGCCUGCCCAAUGAGGAGACCGCCCAGGUUGUGGAGAAGAGGCGGCGCAAGACCAUGAGACAGUUCAACAAGAAGGGCAAUAAGGGCGAGGCGGACAGGUGGGUCCCUGAUCUGAAGCCGAAGCAUUUGUAUUCCGGAAAGCGCGGCAUCGGAAAGACCGAUCGGCGCUGA